AUGAGUCAACCAACAGGACGCUACAUUGAGCCCGUGGCCAUCUGCGGAAUGGCCAUGCGCCUUCCAGGCGGUGUUAAGACUCCCGAAGACUAUUGGGAUGUAUUGUACCAUGGCAAGGACCAAAGAUCCCCGGUACCCAUCUCCCGUUACAACAUUAAGGGAUUCAACAGCGAUAUGGGCAAGACGAAUACCGUCUAUCAAGAUCAUGCCUACUUCCUGGAAGAUGACCUAGCUGCCUUUGACGCUGGUCUAUUCACAAUGACUAGGAACGAACUAGAAAAGGCUGACCCGCAACAACGGCUACUCCUGCUCGUUGUUCGUGAGUGUCUGGAGAGUGCGGGUGUCACUGACUACCGGGGCAGUCUUACAGGCUUCUUCGUUGGCACAUUUUCAGAGGAUUGGUUACAGACACAAUCCAAAGAAGAAAUGCACCCUACUGGGUAUGUUCUUACAGGCCAUCUCGACCCGAUGCUAGCAAAUCGGGUUGCCUUCGAGUAUGAUCUUCGUGGCCCUGCCUUUGUCAUCAAGACAGCAUGUUCCUCCUCCAUGAUUGCGCUUCAUAAUGCGGUUCGAUCUGUUCAGAACCGUGACUGCAAUGCCGCAAUUGUGUCUGGAUCCAACCUGAACAUGACACCCAUAACCACCGCUUCCAUGACACAGGAAGGAAUUAUGUCCCCUGAAGGUUCGUGCAAGACUUUCGACGCACGUGCUGAUGGGUAUGGACGUGGUGAAGCAGUGAAUGCUAUCUAUAUUAAGCCGCUAUCUGAUGCUAUCCGAGACGGUAACCCAAUCAGGGCAGUCAUCCGGAACACUGGUGUCAACCAGGAUGGCCAAAGUACUGGUCUAUUCGCUACCAGUAUUGUGGCUCAAGAGGCACUGAUGAGGAAGGCAUAUGUCGACGCGGGUCUGGACCCGGCUGAGACUGCUAUGGUUGAGUGUCACGGAACCGGAACCCCAGUAGGAGACCCCGUAGAAGCGAUAUCGGUUGGAAAUGUCUUUGGCCAACCCAACGGUAUCUAUAUUGGGUCUGUCAAGCCUAACCUUGGUCACUCGGAGGCCUCGGCGGGUAUCUCGAGCUUGAUGAAGGCUGUCUUGGCCUUAGAACACAAGAUUAUCCCUCCUAAUAUCAAGUUCGAGGUUCCUAACCCCAGAAUUCCCUUCGAGGAAAAGAAGAUUUCCAUUCCUGUGAAGCCUAUGCCUUGGCCUAAAGGAAAGGCGUACAGAAUCAGUGUUAACUCCUUUGGUAUCGGCGGUACCAAUGCCCACGUUAUCGUCGAAUCCGCAGAGCAAUACCUCAAGGAUUUCACCAAGUCUCGGUUCGGAGCCGAGCUUGCUGUUAUUUCCGCUAACUCUCAGGAUUCCCUGAAGACUGGAAUUGAGAACCUCAAGCAAUACGUUUCAAACAACUCCGAUCGUCUGCCUGAUAUUGGAUAUACCCUUGCUCGACGCAGGGAGCAUUUCAAGUGGAGAUCGUUCUCGGUUAUCUCUGAUGCGGACGCGGCCACUUUUGCUCCCCCUACCAACAAGCCCGCUAAGAAGCCUACUGUUGUCAUGGUAUUCAGCGGACAAGGUGCGCAAUGGCCACAGAUGGGUUACGACCUGAUCAACUCGUACCCCGGAUUCAAGGAAGAUGUGAUUGCAAUGGAUGACAUCUUACAGAGCUUAGGCGAUCGCAAGCCCACAUGGAGGGCCAUUGAGGAGCUGAGCAAGCCCGCUGGUGAGAGUCAGCUGGGUCGUGCUGAGCUGGCCCAGCCUCUAUCCACAGUUGUUCAAAUUGGUAUUGUUAAUGCGCUGAGGCGCCUUGGUGUCCGCCCGCAGGCUGUGGUGGGACACUCCAGUGGUGAAAUUGCUGCGGCCUAUGCUGCGGAGGCACUUACACUACGUGAAGCUGUUACUUCAGCUUGGUAUCGUGGCCACGUUUCAAAGCAGUCCACUACGCCCGGUGGAAUGGCUGCCAUCGGGUUGGGUGCUGAAGAGACACGAAAGCUCCUCCCUGAGCGAGUUGUCGUCGCUUGUGAAAACAGUCCUUCCAGCACAACCAUCUCAGGUGACGUUGAUCAGCUACAGACGGCAUUGUUUAACAUCAAGGCUGCUCUGCCCGAUGCUUUCGCCCGCGCUCUCAAGGUGGAGAUGGCUUACCACUCCCACCACAUGGUAGCCUUGUCGGACGCGUACAAGUCAUGCUUGAACGACGAGUUCACCAACUUCGCUCAGGACCGAGAGACACUUGAAGUACCUCUCUUCUCCAGUCUGAGGGCGAGGAAGAUCACCGACGCCAAAGAAUUUGGACCACAAUACUGGGUCGACAACUUGACAUCUCCUGUCCUUUUCAACUCUGCUGUUCAAAUCAUCACGGAGGAAGUUAAGAACCCUCUUUUCCUUGAAAUCGGUCCUCACUCCACCCUUCAGGGACCCAUUCGUGAAAUUUGCGCCAGCCGCAACGCGAAGUUUGAAUAUGUCCCGACUAUGCUGAGAAACAAGAACUCCACACAGUCUUUCCUCUCUGCAGUAGGACAGCUUUACCAGCAAGACGUCAGCGUCGACUUCGCCUCUCUGUACCCAACUGGCCAGGUUAUUACCAGCCUUCCCAAAUACCCCUGGUCUUUGAAGGAGACAUACUGGUAUGAGCCAAGAAUAUCCAAGGAGUGGCGUCUUCGUCCGUAUGGUCACCACGAACUUCUCGGCCGCAAGGUUGCUGAAAGCACCACGCUUAACCCUUCUUGGAGAUUGAUACUUGUCCCUGACCACGUCCCAUGGAUCACCGACCACAAGGUUCGUGAAGACACCGUUGUUCCUUUUGCUGGUUACGUGGGCAUCGCAGGUGAAGCUAUCCGGCAAUUCACCGGUGUUCAGACAGGAUACGGCAUCAAGAACGCCCGAGUUACCACAGCGUUAGUUCUAGGGGAGACACCAAAGGAGAUCUACACCUCACUCCGACCAAUCUCAGGAUCUGACUACUUUGAGUUCAUCAUCGCAUCUCACAAUGGAACGACCUGGAUUACUCACUGUGAAGGUUUGGUUAAGGCUAUUGACAGUGAAGCACCAGCAGCUGAGCAACCACCCAAGCUUCCUCGAACAGCUGAUGCGACCAGAUGGUUCGACACCUUUGCCAAGGUCGGCUUUAAUUAUGGCCCCAAGUUCCAGCUUCUAAGCGACUUGUCUGCCUCUACAACCACUGACGCUGCAGCUGCAUCGGUCAACACAACUGAGGAGAUCAUGAAGGGACCAUUCCUCUUCCACCCCACUACUAUGGAUGCUUGCUUGCAGCUUUCCAUCAUUGCUGGGUCAAAGGGUCUGCCGCGCAACUACACCGAGCUUAAGGUGCCUACUGAGAUUGAAGAGCUAGAGGUAUACCGUGGAGCAUCAUCGAUGCGAGCUGUGGCCCAGAGCACAGCCGAUGGCUCAGCUAUGAAUGUUGAUUGUGUGGCGGAUGGAAAAGCUCUGCUGCGCAUCCGUGGUCUCCGCUUCACGCUUCUGCCUGACGAGGAUGCUGGUCCUAAGCACCACACCGACGGUGCCUAUCUUGAAUGGCGCCCUGACUUCGACUUCAUAGAUGAAGCUUCCACUCUUGUGAAGCCCCCAUCUGAUGAGGCUGCCACCCGCCUUUUGGAAGAGUACACUCUCCUGUCUAUCCUGGAUUCCGCUGAGCGUAUUAAGGGCAAGACGGCCACCAACGGCCACUUCGAGAAGUACGGGAAGUGGAUCUCUCUUAAGGCUGACGCUGCCGCUAGCGGCAAGUCGCCAGUUCUUGGAGACAUCUCCAACUUCCUCUCCCUGUCUAGCAGCGAGAGGGCCAGCCUAAUUGCUGACAAGUAUGCUCAACUGAGCAAGAUCCCCUCAAGGGCUCCUUAUGCCGUCGCGAUCGGGCAAAUCCGUGACAACAUUGAAGGACUGUACACUGGAUCCGUGGAUGCUGCACAGCUCCUGAUGGAGAAUGACAUACUCUCCAAUGUUUACACUGCUAUCAACUUCGACUAUGCGGGAUACGUCAGCGCAUUGUCAAACUCCCGGCCCGCUCUUCGAAUCCUUGAGAUCGGUGCCGGAGCAGGUGGUACUACCGAAACCAUCCUGUCCCAGGUCGUCCAGGAAGGCAAGCUCCCUCCCUACUCGGUGUACACAUACAGUGACGUUUCGCCUGGCUUCUUCCCUCAAGCCCGUGAGCGUUUCGCCAAUGCACCCAACCUGGAGUACAAGGUCUUUGAUGUUAGCAAGGACCCUCUUGCUCAAGGUCUCGAGGCUCACUCAUACGACCUUAUCCUAGCACCCUAUGUUGUCCACGCAACUCCUUUCCUCAAGGAGACCUUGAAGAACAUCAACGCGGUGCUGAAGCCGGAUGGCCGACUUCUGCUCUCUGAGCCUGCGACCAUCGGAAGCUCGCCCAACUUCAUCUUCGGAACCUUCUCAUCGUGGUGGUCUGGUGAGGCUGAUGGCCGUGAGUGGGAACCCUUCGUUUCCAACGCCCGUUGGGACGAAGACCUCAAGUCUGCUGGAUUCACUGGUGCAGACGAUGUUGUAUACGACGCACCUUUACCAUUCCGAUACUGGUCGACCAUCAUCACGCAGCCCAAGGCCGCUUCGAGCGAGAAGAACGCGCCUGUCGUCUUGGUCACGGAGAACAGGGAGAGCAAGCUAACCUCCGAGCUGGCUGACGGAUUGUCCAAGUACGGCAUUGAUGUUGUCAAGAAGGGUCUAUCGGAGGACAUUGCCAAUGAGCACCAUGUUAUCUUCGCUCUUGACCUAGAGCGACCAUUCUUUGAGGAUAUUUCUUCCGAGAACUGGACCACCUUCAAGAAUCUGCUCAAGAAUGCCGAAUCGAUCUCGUCACGAAAGCUGCUCUGGCUACUCCCCCCUGCGCAGAAGAACACCAAGAACCCCAAGUCUGGUCUGUCGAUUGGUCUUUUACGAUCCAUCCGUGCAGAGCUUGACCUGUCUCUGACCACUUUGGAGGUCGACCCGGCCGAGUCCGACCUAGCUAGCUACGUCGCCAAUGUCUUCAACAAGGUUGUUGAAGAGGACCUCUCCCAGUCCUUGCUCCCUGACAGGGAGUUCUUGGUCGAGAAUGGCACAAUUAAUGUUGGCCGAUACUUACCUUUCUCCAUCUCUUCCGAGGUGUCCAGAAAGGCGCAAAGUGGCGCUACUGGCGAACUGAGCUUCGACCCUGAAGCUUCUUAUAUUAUCACUGGUGGUCUCGGUGGUCUCGGAAAGGCUAUUUCCUCGUGGAUGGCUGAACGGGGUGCUCGCUAUAUCACCGCGAUCUCCAGGUCUGCUGGUCGCUCCGCAGAGGACAAGGCAUUUAUUGCUGAGCUGAAGAGCCAGGGAUGUGUCCUCACUCCGGUUGCUGGACCUAUCCAAGAUUUCGAGCUCGUCAAGUCUGCCGUUGCGCAGUCGCCUAAGCCUGUCAAGGGUGUUAUUCACUUGGCCAUGGUUCUUCGGGACGCUCUUUUCCCUGAGAUGACACACCAAGAGUGGACUGAGGGUCUCUCGCCUAAAGUCGAUGGUGCCUGGAACCUUCACAACGCUCUGAAGGAUGCAUCGCUAGACUUCUUCGUUGUCACCAGUUCCAUCGUCGCAACAAUCAACGUCCCCGGCCAGGCUAACUACAAUGCCGCCAACACUUUCUUGGAAGCUUUCACCCAGUACCGAAACGGUCAGGGUCUUGCCGCAUCUGCCAUUGCUGUCAGCCCUAUCGACGAUAUUGGUGUCGUCGUUGGUAACGACAAGGCUCGUCGCAACCUCCGCUCUAACGGUCUUCAGUUCCUUACUGAGCGUGAAGUCCUUGAGUACAUUCACCUCGGCAUUCUGCACCGCGGCCCCUCACCCAUCAUCAUGGGUCUUCACUCCGAUACCCACUUGGAGGACUCUGGCAACCACGUGGCUUGGAAGAAGGACCGCCGCAUGGGUCUUUACCACAACAUUCCCAAGGAGGACAAUUCCGACAGCGGCUCGGGUGAAGGCGAUGGUUUCCGCGAGUUCCUUGCCACCGUCACCGCCAACCCCAGCGAGCUCGACAAGCCCGAGAGCGCCGAAUUCCUCGCUCUAGAAAUUGGCAAGCGCGUCUACUCAUUCAUGCUUAAGCCUAUUGAAGAAGUUGAUGUUUCCGUUAGUCUGGUCGAUGUCGGACUUGACUCGCUCAUGGCCGUUGAACUGCGACGUCUCUGGACCCAAAUGUUCGGCACGACCAUUAGCGUGCUGGAAAUUAUGUCCCUGGGUGCGUUGGAGAACUUCGGUAAGCUUGCGGCCCAGGGCCUAAAGCAGCGACUAUUAGAAGGCUAAGGGAACCAAUCAG